CACUCAAUAUCAUAACCCCGUAUUCCAAAUUGUUUAUUAUCAUCAACAUUCCGGCUACUUUCACGUCCACAACCCCAGCCCCCAAGAGAUAAAAUCCAUCGCUUACUUCCCCAAUUCAAGAUUGUUCUGCUCUUCUUCAGGUGCACAUCCUCCGAUUCCCCCCUUUAAUUUUCAUCAAUUUCACCAAUCUUCAACACCCUUUUCACCGAUUUGCAUAAAGUCACUUGCUUCUUUGUAAUUACGAACGAAUUAUACAUGUUUGUGCUCUGAUUGAUGAAUCGGGUUAUGGGUUAGUGGGGUUUUGUUGGUUUUUUUAGUGGGGUGUUAUUAGUUUUUUACUUUUUAGGUUUUGUUAAGUGUUUUUGGAGUUUUAGAGGUUGGUUAGAACUAGGGUUUUCGAUGAAAAGCCGAUCGCAUCGUCUGCCGACGAUAUCGGACACUCCCGAUGACUGGGGGGACGAGUCGUGGGUGGUGGAUUGUGUUUGUGGUGUUGAUUUUGAUGAUGGGGAGGAGAUGGUUGAUUGUGAUGAAUGUGGUGUUUGGGUGCACACCAGGUGUUCGAGAUAUGUCAAGAGUGAGAAACUGUUUGCUUGUGAUAAGUGUAAGAGUAAGAAGCUUAGGAAAGAGAGUGAGGAAACUGAGGUUGCACAGUUGUUGGUUGAAUUGCCCACGAAAACGUUGCGGAUGGAGAAUCCUUAUUCCGUGAGUUUUCCUGCUCAAAAUCCGUUUCAGGUUUGUUCGGAGAUUCCGUUGGAAGAAAAGGUACAUGUGCACGGGAUUCCGGGUGGGGAUACUUCAUUGUUUAAAGGGGUGUCGUCGGUUUUUAGCCCGCAGCUUUGGAAGUGCACGGGAUAUGUUCCUAAAAAGUUUAAUUAUCAGUAUAGGGAGUUUCCGUGUUGGGAUAAUAAGCGCGACGACGAUGAUGAUAAUAACAAUAAUAAUAAUAAGAAGAAGAAAGAAGAGAUUGAAAACCAUGCUAGUGAUAGUAAUGGUGCGGAUGCAUUGUUUUCGUUGUCGAAGGAGAAUGGUGGGUUAAAAGCUCAGGUUAAUGGGUCGGCUGCAUUGGAUAUGGGCCCACCGACUACUGAUACGAAGAAGCAAGAAGUUGAGAAUAACGAGGGUAGGCGUGCGAGAAAAGAAAAGAGUUUGUUGAAACCGAUUGUGAUUCAUACAGGUGACCAUAAGAAAGACGAUUCGAAGAUGUUUAAGGACCAAAACCGGAAGAAAAAACUCAAAUCUAUGGAAAAAGAUGAAGAUUCUAAGAAGACAAGCGCUCAUGCAUCUGAUUCAGUGCCCACCACAUCAAGUGAUGCAAAACAAUCAGAAUUAAAUGAAGGGAAAGGCGUUAAGGUUUUGAAGACUGAUACGCAGAGUUAUAAACAUGAAAAUCCAAGGGCAGAAGUGCAAACCAAUCAUAAAUCCGAUGAUUGUAUUGACAAUAACAACCCGUUGGGGAAUGUAUCUGUUGAUGAUUCAAGAAUAAAUUCCUUAAAAGAAGCAAAACAAAUGGAAGAAAAUGAAGGAAAUCAGAUUCCUCCAAGUGUCGAGAUUUGUAAUCAAACGGAGGAUGGCGUGACAUCAUCAAUACCCAAUCUUAUGGAUACUAGUACCAUUAAACAUGAGGCUGGCCAUGAUGCUGUCGAUGAUGCGAAUAAUAACGGAAGAACUUACAGUCGAAGUAACGGAACUAGGUCAAAUAAUAACAAUCUUGAAAAAGUGGACUCCGCCCUAAGUAGUGAACUCGAUACAACAGUUGAAAUAAAAUCAGUAGAAAAUAAUCAUUCUCAAAAUAAUCUUGAAAAGUUUGAUAGUUCCAAGAAAGAAGAUGAUAUUAUAUCUGCGAGUAUUGAAGUGAAGAAAGAUGACCUACCUGUGUCACAAAAGGUGCAAAAUGCCGACAAAACCCCUGUGCCGCACAUUGAUAGUACAGGAGAUGAACCCGCGUGUGGGCCCACUCAGACCAAGACUCAAAUCAAGGGUUCAGAAAGUUCCACUCGGGUGUCUUCGGAAGGCCAGUCAAAAUCACAUAAAGUGACACUUGUGAAAUCUUCUGCUGGAAAAUCUUCUUCUUCAAAACUGUUGUCUGUUCCCGAUAAGGCGAAAUACUCCAACACAGAUGAUCGUAACUCGAGUGGCAAACAGAAAGUAUCUGCCGAUAAUAUUAGUAAGAGUAAGAAAGAUAAUAACGCUUCAAGUGAAAUACUGAAAACCGGGGAUAAUAGUAAUACUAGUGAGAAGCCUAAGAAGUUAGCGAAAGAUAUUCCGAAAUCAUCCUCUACAUCUAUCCUGAAAUCGUCACAUUUGAGCAAGUCUUCUUCACAUGCUCAUGUUUCCAAGAAGAACUCGUCUGAUUUGAAAGACUCAUCUGCUGACUCUGCAAAUUCAUCACGAAGCGAGAGUGGCGCGCAUGAACUAAACCGAAGUACGUCAGAAUUAUCGGUAAAAGGUGAAAAAGCGAGUCAGAUAAAUCGACAGCCUGCACCAAAGAAUCAAAUGCCGCACUCUGUUACCUCAGCUGCGGCCUUAAGUGAUGAAGAGCUUGCGUUACUUCUUCAUCAAGAACUGAACAGUUCUCCUAGAGUUCCGCGGGUGCCACGUAUGCGCCAAGCUGGCAGCUUACCUCAGUUGGCUUCUACUACACCUACGACCAGCACGUUAAUGAAACGAACAUCUUCUUCUGGAGCGAAGGAAAAUGGCUUGGUGUCAAGAAAGAAAAACAAGGAUUUAUCAAAUAAUGGAUCUAGCAACUCUCGUGAGUUUGAUGGACCAAAAAAGGUGUCGAACUCAAGGAGGGUUCAUGAGCCGGUGAAAAGCGGUUCAGCGAAAACAGUGAGCAGCGGUCCGUCUUCUUCUAACGAAGCUAAUGAAAACGCACCUCAAAAUGCUUCGGAUGAAGAAACUGGGGGUCCCACCCAUCGCACUUUACCAGGUUUGCUUGCUGACAUUAUGAGCAAAGGUAAGCGGAUGACAUAUGAAGAACUCUGCAAUGCGGUUUUGCCGCACUGGCCUAAUUUGCGUAAGCAUAACGGGGAGCGUUAUGCAUAUUCGAGUCACUCACAAGCUGUUCUCGAUUGCUUGAGGAACCGAAGUGAAUGGGCCAGAUUGGUUGACCGUGGUCCUAAGACAAAUGCGGGUAGGAAAAGACGCAAGUCUGAUGCUGAUGUGACGAAUCCUGAAUCCGAAGACGAUUACAGCACCGACAGAAACACAAAGGACAUUGAUAGCAACGACUUCCCAAAGGGAAAACGAAAAGCAAGAAAGCAUAGGAGACUUGCGUUGCAAGGAAGAGCGAUAAAGGAUGUUAGAAGGAGACGCAAGGCUGAUGUUGUUAGCGAUGAAGGUGAUUCAUCUUCUGAUUCUAGCGAAGAGAGUGCAUACAGUGACGAAGAGAUGCAAGAUGGAAGAACAUCAGGUCCAAACGAGGCGUCUGCCAGCUCAGAUGAAACCGGAACGUCAUAGCAUUGUGAAAAAUGCCCUUUUAAUGGUAAAUGGUUAGGAGAAAGGGCUUCUUGUAUUGUAGAUUUUUUUUUUCUUUGUUAAAAAAAAUUUGAAGGUAGGAUAAAUGAGUAACAAUUAGUGUGUGAAUGUAUCCAGGAUGAUUAACUAGGAGCUUGUACUUCUAUUUGCACAAAGGUGGUUUAGAAACUUGUUAGAUGGAUGCUUGAUAUAAUAUUUCUAAUCUCUUUCCUGA